AUGGGUGGCGACAUUGCUGGUGGUGAUCCGCUCGUAACGCAAUACGUGCUGGAGGACACGACCCCAUGGUACAAGAAGCGCAACCUCCGCUACCUUUACUUUGUGCUCGUUCCGACGUGUAUUGGGGUCGAAAUCACAUCCGGAUUCGACUCUAGUAUGAUGAACGGACUGCAAGGAGUGACCUACUGGGACAACUACUUCGGCCAUCCUCAGGGCCAAACUCUUGGUCUCAUGAGCUCUGCUUAUUCACUCGGAUGCAUUCUUUCAUUGCCGUUUAUCCCGUUCGUCGUUGACCGCCUUGGACGUCGGCUCUCCAUUGUCUGCGGGAGCUGCGUCAUGCUCGUCGGAGUAGCAUUGCAAGCUUCAGCUGUUAACUAUGCAAUGUUCACCAUCGCCCGUGCAGUCAUGGGUUUCGGAAUGCCCAUCUGCAUCGUUUCAGCGUCUGCGCUCAUCGGAGAACUUUCGUACCCGAAGGAGAGAACCUAUCUUGGCUCUCUGUUCAACGCGAGCUGGUUCAUUGGCGCUAUCGUAGCUGCUGGUACAACCUACGGCACCUUUGCGAUGCCAAACAACUGGUCGUGGAGAAUCCCCUCAAUUCUGCAAGCCGCUCCAUCACUGCUUCAGAUCUCAUUUAUGAUGCUCCUUCCCGAGAGUCCAAGAUGGCUGAUCUCAAAGGGCCGAGAGGAAGAGGCCUUCCAGAUUCUCGCCACAUACCACGCUGAAGGAGACAGAGAGAGCGAGUUAGUCAAGGCUGAAUAUGCUCAAAUCAAUGUCACGAUUCAAAUGGAGAUGGAAAAUAGCAAGCGCAGCUGGAAGGAGAUGAUCGCGACUGCCGGAAUGCGCAAACGUGUCACCAUUGCAACUGCCUUGGGGCUUUUCACUCAAUGGUCUGGUAACGGCAUGAUCAGUUACUACUUGAAGCAGAUCCUGAAAGAUGUUGGAAUCACCGAUAACAAAACCGUCAACCAGAUCAACGUUGCCAACACUUGCUGGGGUCUCCUCAAUGCCACAACGAUCGCAUUCCUGGUAUACAAAUUGAAGCGCCGUACAGCGUACCUUUUGUGCACGACUUCGCUCCUCUGCAUUUACACCGGAUGGACGAUUUCAGCAGCCAGAUAUACAAUUGCGAAGGAUAAGCAAGCGUCACAUGCCGUUCUGGCAUUCAUCUUUUUGUACUCGCCUGCGUAUAACAUUGGCUACAACGCUUUGACGUAUACUUUCCUUGUCGAGCUCUUCCCCUUCGCUGUCCGAGCCCGCGGUAUCACCCUCUUCCAGCUCUUUGGGCGCAUGGCCAGCUUCUUCAACCAAUACGUUAAUCCUAUUGGUAUCAAGAAUGCUGGCUGGAAGUACUACCUUUCCUAUGUGGUUUGGCUCGCAUUUGAGGUCAUUUUUGUCUACUUCAUGUUCCCAGAGACAUCGGGAAGAACACUGGAAGAGCUGGCGUUCAUCUUCGAAGGCGAGGAGGUGAGAAAGAGGCAGGCAAAGGAGACAGAACAGGAGUUGCAUCAAGGACCUAUCGGCCAGCCUAUGAAGGUGGCAUCUCCCAACGAGAAGUUGCCUACAUACAACGAGCAGAUGAAAGCAGAGGACAAGGCGUAA